CCUGAAGAAUCACCUCAGCAAACACACAGGAGAGAAACUCUUCUCCUGUGAGGUUUGUGGGAAAGGUUGCAGCCACAAGAGCGCACUGAAGCACCACAUGCUGACCCACACCGGAGAAAGGCCAUAUGUGUGCGAGACCUGCGGCAAACGCUGCGGCCACGCCAGCGCGCUCCAGAACCACAUGAGGAUCCACACCGGCAAGAAACCGGGCCAGCAGCCGGUCUGCGACGUCUGCAGCAAGAAAUUCCACUCCACGGUCAAACUUAAGUAUCACAUGAGCAUCCACACAGGGGAGAAGCCGUACGCCUGCGAUCAGUGUGGUAAGAAGUUUAGCAACCCCAGCAAUCGGAGGGUGCACCAGACGAUCCACUCGGGGGAGAAGUUGUAUGGCUGCAACGUCUGUGGCAAGAGGUUCACUCAGUCCACCAGCCUCAAGCUGCACAGAAGUAUCCACACGGGGGAGAAACCGUACAACUGUCAGGUCUGUGGGAAAGGAUUCCUGAACAGUGGGGACUUCAGGAAACAUCAGAGGAGUCACCUAGGGGUGACUGUCUGAAAAAAUGCAGUGAAUCUCCAAAAUAUUAAACUACUAAAUGGUCACAUUCUAUACACAUUCACAUUUGCUUUCUGUACAGUGGGCCCCAUGCUGUGAAUGUGAUGAUAAAUACAAUGAGACAAUUGAGUCAGUCAUCAAUGAUUUCUUCAUCCUGCUCACACAGAUGAGUCAAAUCAUUUGAUUUCCUCCCCGGCUUUAGACCAUUGCUGGCUUCAUGUACGCGUAAGAGUCACUAUACCAGGAAGGAUAUCAAGAGGACCACAUGUAUCUUAUUCCCACUGCCAGAGGGCUAAAUGUGUUUAAAAUGUUUGGAUUCUCUCAUCUGACAGAUGCUGACUACCCAUACAUGUACGGCCUCAGCAAAACAAACAUAUAGUAUGUGCCCCCUUCUGGCCUCCAAGUUGUAUUACAAUACUUAAUGCCCUCGUCAACACAUUAUGACAUAUCCACAAAAUAUCUUAAUUCCUCAGUGCUCGUCUUAAGAAAAUGUUGCUGACAGGCUCUUGAAGAGAUGAGUAUUGACUAGAUGUGAAUUCUGGACCAGGUGUUCUCAGCUUCUGUUAGCAUUGGUUUGGUUUUGUUAAAAAAAAAAAAAAAAAGUUAAAUAGUACGAGAAUGUACCACUUUUUGUUUUGAGUUCAAACAGUUAUUAAAACAUACAUUUCUUUACUGUAA